AAAGACAGAUGAGACAGAGGGAGGGCUGUGGGAUGUCAUGUGUAAAGAAGGAGAUUCUCAUUGGAGGCAAAGAGAGAGAAGAUUGCCAUGCAUGUUUUGAGAAAAAGGGGGAAAAAAGGGAAAGCAAAGCGCAUCCUACAUAUUGAAGCCAUCUUGGUAGCACUGCUACACUCUGGACUCCAGGACUCCAGAUCUGAUUAUUAGUAAGUGUAGAGGCUUUGAAAAGAGCCCUAACGAGAGUGGAAUGAUGUCCUCCAAGUUGAAGUGGCUGAUUGUGAUCCAGCUCCUGCUGAAUGAACAGGCUCUGUGCAGGGCCCCACCUCCUCUGGCUCAGAGGAACACUCUGCCUCUAGGAAGUGACUUCCAUGGAGAGGUGGAGGAAAUGUCCAAACAGGAUCAUCAGUCUUUCCUGGGAUCUCGACUCCAGCUCGGUCUCCCAUCCGCUGAAAAGACUGGUUCUGUAUCGGUGGCUGUGCAAAAAGAGGAGAGAGUCCAGUCUGCCAAACACAUGAUAUCAGGCCUCAGGGCGAAGUUUCAGGGGCUGAUUAAAGAUCAUCAACACAUUCAAGGGAACGUCAGCUGCGAGGAGCUUCUGUCUGCCAGCACCAUCGACGACCCACUGACUUCCAUGUUCCCCCAGGAGCUGCUGGGUCUCUCCUUAGUGCCUGUGUUGGUGGUGGCAGGAUGCCCGAAGGAGGCACAGACCCUGGUUCUGAGACUGUACGACCUGCUGGGAGUGGUGGACACGGAGGAGCUGCUGAUGGAGGUGCAAAGUCUGAUAGAGAGGAGGAUGAGCAAAUCAGCGUCUACACCAGCACCUGCAUCAGCAACAGCAUCUUCACAGAGGGAUCAAGCAGGGCGCCACAUAGAGGCUGUGAUGUUUAACAUCCAGCAGUUGGUGAUGGUGGGAGAAGAAACCUCUGAGCGGGAAGGACAUUGUGAGGGUUGGACCAGGGUGAAUGGAACCAUGCUGGUAGGAACAGCUGUGGAGGGAGCCACAGACAGUCUGGAGGAGGCUGUAAACAGCUGCGAGAGACUGGGAGUCGUGUGUGCUGGUGUGACCAACAGUGGACUGCAAACACCUGGCAUGUACCAGGCCGUACUGAAGAAAGGCAGCCGGAUCCUGCCAUCUGACUCCUCGGGGUCUGAAUGCUGGAUCCGUCAGUGCAGCGCAGAGGAGGAUGUUUCGGUCCCCGCUGCUUCAGGCCGACCGCGGAUGAAGCGCAGCCCCCAGAGGAGCUGCAUCAACAAAAGCGAGGAACGUGUGUACAAUGUAGUGGAGUGGAUCCCUGCAGUCAGCACCCUGUACAACCUCGGCACAGCAGUGUAUUACGCCUCAGUCAACUGCUCCGAAACAGCCAAGGAGAGGGCCAUCCUCAGUGCUGUUGACCUGGGCACUGAUGCUCUCAUGGUCGCCACGGGGGGAACUGCCGGGGUGGCAGGUUACGCUCUGGGUGCAGGGGUGAAGACAGGUGUGAAAGCUGGAGUCAGGUAUCUGCUCAACUCCAUGAAGCAGGAAGACGACGUGCUGGUGAACCAGUUCAGCUGGGAGGAGGGCAUCCUCACCAUUCAGUAGACUGAAGGAUCAAUGAAUCAGCCUAUGAAGUUUUCAUUAGUUUAUAUGUUUGUUUUUUUAAGCAAAGACACAGGAUCAGAGUUUGUUAACUGACAUGGUUGAAGAGUAACAAAUUGGUUUACCAGACUUAAUAUAAUGUAGAUUAUAUGGAAAACAGUAUUGUUUUACACAGUGGAUUAUCAGAAUCACAUCUUGAAAGGGGAAAAAAGCUUUUUCUGUUUGUGUGACGGUGCACGCAAACCUCAUUUUACACAAGUUAACACAAUGAUUAUUCUUGAAGAUGAUUUCAGUGUUUUUCAUUUAGUCUGUAAAUUUCAGUAAAUUACUUGUUUUUUCUAGAAGGUGACAAUCAAACCUACAAAAAAAAUGAAAAUACAGUUAGUUUAGGUGUAAAGUAGAUAAAAUUACACAUUAGAGUAAUUGCAAACAAUCUCGGUAAUCUAUAACAAUAGGUAACCUCAGAAAGUAUGCCGUGAACCUUUUCCUUGUAGAAAAAUGUAAAUGUUUUUGUGGAAAUUAGAUAAAGUAGUUGAACAAUUUAUCAUAGCAACAACAUUUAAGAAGAACUGGUCUCAGGAAACUACGCCCUUAAACCCUCAAGAACCUUGAUUUUGCCCUCCGUCCACUGUCUUUUCCUCUGGUUUCUGUCCUUCCUCACUCUUGUUGUUUUCUUCCUCCCAUCAAAACCUUUUGUCAGGUCAGAGUCACACUCUCACCUCUGGUGUAAUUGCAGGGACAGUAGACUGGUAACUAAAUUGUAUUGUUUUAUAUGUUUUUCUUUAAGUGUUAAUAAAUUGUAUGUGUAAAUGUGUGUGCAUACAGUUUGCUGUCAGUGUGGUAGUUUAGUAUAUAAUCAGACUGCUCGUUCAAAAGUAAGCCUGGUUUCGUGGGGAGAAAUAAUGUUAAACGCGCAUGAGGCGUGACAAAGGAGAUUAAAGAGGACAGAGUGACUGACCUUCACAAUCAUGGUGAUAGUUCUGUGUUUCUUUUGAUAGCAUCAACCUCCUUUCCAAGCGGUGCUGCACCCUCUUCUCUAUGUGCACAACAGCUCACCACUUGUGUUUUGACAAAUAUUUGAUGUACUGUCACAGUCUUUUUUCCCAUAAGGAAUAGCCUGGUGGCUCAGAGAAAGAAAAUCCUGAGGAGACCUUUGUCACAGAAAACAUUGACAUGUCACAGUAGGAAAAGUGCAGGUGUAAAUAGUAAAAUCAGUGAGUUUGAAAUUUAAUUCGAAUAGAACAGAGUCAUUGUGUCUCUGUGCCGGCAACAGAUUAUCCGUCCCAUCCUCAUGAACGCAAUAUCUAAAUAAGCCCUUGAGGGAGUUUCUUCAAAUUUGGCACAAAUGUUCAUCUGGACUCAAGAAUGAACUGCUUAGAUUUUGGUGAUCAAGUUCACAGGUGAUCUCACAAAAGAUAAAAAGUUUACUAUUACUAUCAUGACUCUGGAUGGACAAGGAUGUCACCUGAAGUGGCAGUGGCAUACAACUGCAAGGUGAGAGUUAAUGUAUGUCUACUGUUGCAAAAAGGAUUUGGAUACAUAGUUGAGUUGGCUGCCACCUCUCAGUGUGUUUGACUCUCUGCCUGUGUUCGUCCCAUCACAGACUGGGGAAGUGUUGCCUGCUUCUGGGCAAGUUCAUACUGGCACAGGUUACAACACCCUGAACAAGAUAGUCAGUUACUGAUGUGCAUUAGCAAUAAGAUGUCUGUCAAAAGCCCAGGUGAUAAUCCUAAACAGUGCAGUUAUUUAUGAUAGCUGAUGGGCAAAACAUUAUUGCUCUUCUCAUUCUGAGUGCUGUCUGGUGAACUAUGCUCUCAGUUCCCAUAUUUAUCAAACUCAUACAUCCAUGGGUACGACAUGCUGUGUUAGUUCUCUAACUGUAGUAGAAAGAUAUAAGGAACAAGCUGGACAAGCUUUUGUUUAAAUAAGAAGAUAAACACAGCCUGAGUCCUAGUAAUGAGAAAAAAGAUUGGAUUUUUUUCUAAAGCUAGUUUAAGACCUAUCUCUUGUCUAUGGUGAAAAUAACCUUAGUUUGAAACCUCUUUCUCAGGUUUUCACAUCUAGUAUAGUAAGGUUAUAUCUAAGGACAGAUAUAACAAUGUUUAUUUUUGACAUUAUUAAAGGCAGGAACUGUUUAUCAGCAGGUGUGGUGAGCUGAAGGCAAGAAACACUAAAACGUCUUGGUGAUUGAAAAAAUUCAAUUGAACCCAGAUAAUUGCAAGACGACCAGUUGAAGUAAAAAAAUCCUCCAGUGAAACCUUGUUUAAGCAGUAACUCUCUAGUCUGUAAUCUGUGGCUGACAAUGUGCUUUGACUCUCUCUGCAUUAUUUUUGAGAAUGUGGUGAUUUCGACACCCUGACAAGGAGUUUACCUUGAAUCACAUACAAAUUACAUGUGUUUUUUUAUUAUGUUAUUUUGUAGAUUCCAUUUUCUUACAGAGAACAUUUUUGCACAGUUAAAUAAAUGUAGGGAAUGUGAAUUAACAUGAUUCGAAAAGACAAUUCACAACUCAUACCGUGUACAAAUAUAAAGUUGAUCUUUAUAAUGCUUUAAAUUUGUCUGUACAGCAGCUAAUCAAGUGCUGUACAUUAAUAAACACACUUACUUUACUGAA